AUGGGUAGAAUGAAAGUAAUACCAGAAUUUUCAAAUUAUAAAAUUCGUACACCAAUACCAAUAUUCAAAAAUGAAUUAGAAAUUGAAAAGUAUAUUAAAGGUGCAAUUUCAUAUAUUUAUAGUGAAAAUACAGCAAAGAAAUUAGAAUUAAAGAAAAGAAAUGAUGAAAUUAAAGAGAUUUUAAAUAAUAAAAACGAUCAUGAAUUUGUUGAAAAGAAAAUCAGAGCAAUUGUUAUUCAAUUAGGUGAUACAAAUCUAAAUGAUAGAUGUUAUUUAAACUAUUUAAAUUUAUAUAAACAACCAAUAGAAUUCACUCAUGGUGCAAUUAUGUGUGAAAAAAAUAAAUAUUGGGUAGCAUAUUAUGCAAGUCAAUCAUUAAAUUUGGAUUGUCUAAAUUUCAUAAUUAAACAUAAAGAUCAAUUCAAAGGUUUAGAUAAAGACAAGAGAAUAAAACCAAUAGACCCCAAAAAAAAAAUCAGUAGAGAUUUAUUAAUUGGUCAACCAAUUACAGUUCAAUGUAUUAAAGAAGAUGAUUUAUUUAAAUUCUUAACAGUUUAUUUCAACCAAAAUGGUAUUGAAUUUAGUGAUAGUUGGUUUAGUAGUAUAGUUAAAUUAAUUUUCAAAGGAAAGGUAUAUUCAUCAGAUGAAAGUGAAAAAUUAUCAACAACUACAACAACAACAACUACCCCCAAUGAAAAAUAUGAUAAAAAAAUUCUUGGAGAGCAUACAGUUUUUAUUAAUAAAAAUAGAGAUGGUCAUUUAAAAUUUUCAACCAUUCCAUCUUUACUUUUAAAAAUUUCAACUUUAAUGAAUACAGGUGUUAUUAAUGAAUAUAAACAAAAAAAUUAUUUCCUAGAGACAUUAUACAAUAGUUUCCCUGCAAAUAAACAUUUUUUUAAUUUUAAUGAAGAAACAAUUCAAUAUAUCACCAAUUUAUUACUUCCUCAUUUACAUCCAUUAGAGUUUAAAAGAUUCAAUACAAUACCAUGGAUUAUUAAAUCAAAAGAAUUUAUAGAUUUCAUUAUUCAACAUAAGGAUUUCUAUCAUUUAGUUCCAUCAAUUCAUAAAUUUACAAAGAAACAUGAAAAUACAAACUUAUUCUCAGCUUCAACAAUCAAUGAUGGUGAAGAAGAAGAUGAUGAUGAUGAUGAUAAUGAUGUUGAUGGUAAUGAUGAUGAUAAUAAUAAAGAAAAAGUUGAUGAUACUAGUAAUAAAAAAGAUUCAAUAGUUAAAUUUAAAGAUGAUAUUACAAUUUAUUUAAAUGUUAGACAAAGAUUCUUACAAUUUUCAAAUUUUGAACUUGCUAAUUAUUUUCAUACAAAAUUAUUAGAAUGCCAAAAAGAAUCUGAAAAUCAAAUAAAUUCAAAUAUUCAAUCAAUAAAUAAAGAAAUUGAAUCAUUGUCAACAUCAUCCACCAACACUGCCUCCUCAACUAGAUCUAAAGCAUCAUCAAAUAGUAAUCAAUUAAAGAAAAAAGAAGAUUUAGAACAACAAAUUAUUGAAUUACAAUCUCUAUUAAAAAAUAAAUAUUUUUCAAAUAAAGAAAUUUAUUAUCUAUCAUUUUUAAGAGCUUUAAAAGACUGUGAUAUUUCAACUAUUGAAAGUAUUGAUAAGGUUGUUUCAAUUGAUAGUGAUCAAAAUAAUAAUAAAUUUCAAAUUUUAUUUCAAAAAUCAUUUUUAGAGAAUCAACCACUUAAAAAUGGAAUUUCACCAGAAUUUUAUGAUUUUAAAAAAGUUGGACCUUCAUCCCAUCCCGAUGUUUAUGCUGAAGGUGAAUAUGAUGAACAUGAUGAAUAUGACGAUUAUCAAGGUAAAUUAGAUAAUCAUAUUGAUAUUAAAGAUUCAAAAUUCACUAAAGAUGAAAAUUCAAGGGAUCAAUUAUUUAAUUAUUUAAAAUCAAGUGGUUUCAAAUCUUUUACACCAAGUAUAUUUUGUUACCUUUUAGAAUUAUUAUUAUUAAUAAAUACUGAAAAAUCAAAUCAACAAUUUCAAGAAAUUUUUAAACCAAUUUCAACAACAACAACAACUUCAACAACUACAACAACAACUACUACAAAUUUAGAUAAUAUUAAUGAAAAAAUAUUUAAAUUAUCAUCAGAUUUAUUAAUACAUUUAGUUCAUAUAGUUGAUUUUAAAAAAUUUUCAAUUAUAUUAGAUUCAGUUAAUUUAAAUAGAAAAUUAAUUUUAGAAAUGAUUGAUAAUUGUAAAAAUAAAUUAAGUUUUCAAAAAAGAAUUUAUGAAUUUCAUGAUGUUCGUUCAAAAGAUUAUCAAUAUGAUAUCAAUGGUCAUUUUAGUACAAAUAUCAAAUUCUCUGAUGCUAAAGACAUAUUAAAGAAAUUGAUUGAUGAAAAUUUAUUUCCAACUUCAAAGGAUUGGAUUUUCAUUUACCAUAGUUUAUAUAUUUCAAUCUUACAAUCAACUGGUGUAACAUUAAAUAAUUUACUUGAAGUUAAUAAAAUUUAUGAAGAACAUGAAAUUAAUUAUCCAAGUGUAUUACCAAAUCAUUCAAAUUAUAUUUUAGAUUUUAAUAAUAAUAAUAAUAAUAAUAAUAAUAAUAAUUAUUAUGGUCUUUUAAAUUAUCAACCUUAUAAUAAUAGUGGUAAUAUUAAUAAUGAAAGUUUAAAAAAUGUUGUAUCAAAUUUUGUAUUAUUUUAUUGGUUUCAUUUAUUAGAUAGAAAAUUAUCAAAAUUAUUUGUUAGAUCAUUUAGUAAUUCAAAUUUUAAUGAAUUUUCAAGUUCAAGAUUACCUUGCUUAAAAAAUUCAUCUAUUUGUAGAAUUAGAUCAAAAAGACACUCAAAUACAGCAUCUCAAAUUUUUAAAUCAAUUUAUGAACUUCAAAAUUUUAGUUUACUUGAAAAGUAUUCUACAUUUAAAAGUUAUUUCCCAGAGGAAAGAAGUUAUUAUUAUAAUAAUCCUUCUGAUCCAUUUUAUCAUCCUGAUGGGUCAAAAGAUUUUAGAGUUUUAAUAGAAGAGGGUGAAUUUCAAUUGGCUUUUAAUCAUUUACAAUUGGUUGCAACAAAAACAGUUUCUGAAUUUCCUCCACUUACAACUUCAAGAUUAUUUCAAUUUAUAACUUUAGAAGAUGUUAUUGAAUUAAUAAAUUUAACAACUAUAAAGAAUUUUGAUGAAUCAAAAGAUGAAUCUGAACAACAACCACUCUUAAAAAUGUGGUAUGGUAAAGAUGUUAAAAAAUGUAAAGAUUGGAUAUUGUCAUGUGCAAUUGCAAAAUCAAGAUUGGAUAUUGUUGAUCUUUUAUUAGUAAAAGAUAUUGAAUAUUCAACAUUACCUUCAACAAUUGAAUUUUUAACAGGUUAUAAAAUUAUUAAAUCUUUGUUCUCACCAGAAUGUGAUAAUCAAACUUUGGAAUACUUUUUAACAUUUUCCAAUGGUAUCGUUUUACCAAGCAUUAAACAGUACUUGAUAAAAGAUAACAUUGCAACUCAAACUAAAAAUGAUGUUUUUAGAGUAAUUAGACAUGGUAUUGGUAAAUUUGAAUUAUUAAGAACUUUUAUACCAUCUUUGGGUUUCUCUAGUUGCCUCAUUGAAAAAAUGGUUGAAAAUAGAAGAUUUGAAACACUUCAAUAUUAUAUGGAGAUUGGAUUAAUCACAAAUGAAGAUCUUACAAAUCAACAAAAAGAUCAAUUAAAAUAUGAAAAUGAUUUAAAACAUUUAGAUUGGGUAAUUAAUUUAAAUCACAAAAAAAGAGUUAAUAGAAAUCAACCAACUUUUACACCCAAUACCAAUUCCACUACUGCCACUACUGCUACUCCUCUUUUACAAACAAGAUCUGGAAGAACAAUUAUACCAAUAAAAAAAUAA